CAUAUAGUACUUCAAUAAGGAAAUUUUUAUUGUGCGGUAUACCGCCACUAUAUAAACUUGUCUUAAUCUGAAGCUCUAAAGUAAUAUUUAAAAUGAUUUUCAAGAGUAGUAUUGUAUUAUUUUGUGUAUUUUUCGCCGUUGGCGUUCUUGGAGGAAGAAAAGCAUCUUCAACAAAGGAAGCCCAGGGAAAUGACCAAGGUAAUUAUGGUGAAUUAAAGAAUUAUGAAGGAUCUAGUCGUAAAGUCAGACAAUAUCCUUACUAUUACGAUGAAUAUGCAAGAGAAAAUAGUUACGAUCAGACACAGCAAAUCUAUAACAAUCAACCGCAAAACACAAAUGAUUACGGUCAGUCCGGACAGAAUGAUUACUAUGGCCAGAACACACACAGAUUACCAGUAUAUAAACCUGUGAUUAUUGGUAAUGGUCGACAAAACACAAACGUUGUCGCUAUAUCAGGAAGCGAUCCUUCAUACAUAGUGGGAUAUACUAAUCAAGAUGAAGAUUACGAUCUCUAUAAUGAUAAACGAGGACAACAGUACCCAGGCUCAAAAGGUAACAGUUUUAUUGCGGUAAACCAAAGACCUGGUGAGCCAGAAACUGUUAUACUGUCGUCUAGAUCAAAACACGGACAUCAAAGUACUAUAAUUGUCAAUCAAGAAGGAGCCGAUCAAAAUCCAGGUCCGUACAAAAACUUACCAAAUAAUAAAAAACACUUUAUUGGCAAACAAAACUACAAUCAAAAUACUCGUCAAAGCCAAGAAUUUGGAGGUAUUAGGUAUUAGGUUCAUUAUGGAAUUGAACCUCUAAAAAUAUGUCAAUGAUCACUUUUGAAUUGUCAAGUACUAAAACUGAGGUACAUAAUAAGAAUUCUUAAUUAAGACAAAAUAUAAU